AUGGCUGAGAUUAUUUCGUAAUCUCAAAUAAACAAAUGCUAUUCAAAUUCAACAAAUAAUACUGAAUGUUCUGAGAAAAUGCUUAUCUCUCUUACAGUAGAGAAUGCUUAAAAUACUGUGACAGAAUAUAUUAAGAUUAGCGAAACAACCAUAGAUAAUUAAACAUCAUAACUUAAAACACCUAUUAUUAUUUCAAUAACCAAAACUCCAGUUUAUGCUUUCUAUCCAUUAAAAUAUACUGAAGAUUAUAAUAGCCAACCAUAUGAAGUAAAAAUAGCAGGUGCAAUUUUAUCAUGUGAUGAUAGUUGGUAUUCAAAUUCCCCUACUUGUGGAUUCCAAUAUGAAAAAAAAGAGAAAAUAUUUGAUAGUCAAGGAUUCUGUUGUUCUUGUGGUAUUCUUGAUUUAAUCGGUCUUAGUGAUGAAUUUGCUAGAGGAAACAUAUGCCAUAAGGCUGGAUUGACUACUGCAACAAUGGCCUUCUGUCUUAGAUAUUCAACUUUAUGGUAUAGUGCUUAUGAGAUAUCCACUUAUAGCAUAUAUUAUAAUAUAACAAUUUCAAUCACUUAUUCUAAUUAAGAAUAAGAGGAACUAUAAUUGGGGAGUGAAGUAAAAGUAGUUUAAGGCAAAACUUUGAUUGGUAGAAUUAUUGGAGACUUCACACCUUUAAAUCCUCCUCCUUCUUUGGAAUCAUUUUACUUUAUGAGACCAUCUUCACCAAACAGCCAUGCCAGAGUUUAGGCAGGUUCAGCUGCAUUUAUGAUAGUUUCCAAGGAUUAAGUCGGUCGGGGUGAGUGUAAUAAGAUAGGAGUAUCUUAUAGUGCCUUUCGUACAGAGGCGGAGAGAUGUAAGAAAUAAGUGAAGUCUUGUUUAAAGAACUAAUUGGAAGAUUUUUAUAUAGAAGAUCAAGCAUUAAUUGCUAAUAAUUCAUAGCCUAAAUAUUUAUUAUCAAGAUAUGGGAAAUUUAAGUCGAUUUAUUUGAAUAAUGAGACUUAUUUGUAGUACAGUGUAGAGGGUUCUAUGUAAACCAUGAUAACUCUGGAGAUAACUACAACUGGUCUGAUAUCUUAUGUAGUUAAUUUAGGGAAGGGUAAAAUAGAUUUAGCAGAAAUAUAAGACUUUGAAGCAAAGUCUGGAAAUGGAUUGCUUUAUGCUUAAAUCACAAAUGUUGGGGAUAUUGAAAGUGAGUUUAAUACUUAUUUAAAUUGUUCGAUUAAUGUAAUUCCUAUAAAUUCAGCAGCUUUAUAUUUAAAACCAUUGGAAAGCUAUAUUGUAAAGAAAGAUGUAAAUGUAUUGAGUGAUAUGAAUAAAUCUAAUAUUUGCACUUUCAGUUUGUUGAACAAUAAAGGUACACUUUUGGAUUAGAAAUAAAUAGAAUUUAAUACGACUGAAAUUUAACAUGAAAGUGAAUAAAAUCAUGAAGAAUAAAACAUAAAAGACAAUGAAGUUCUUGCCUCAGAUGAAUCAUAAGAUAAUUGUUAUUCAGAUUGCUCAGUCUUUUUGGACAUAACUUGUUAUAUUUUUAACGACUGUAAUUCUUAGAUUAUAACAUUUUUUACUGUCCUUGGAAUUACAUUUAUAUUUCUUAUAAUCUGUCUGACUUGUCUAAGUUACAGAAAGAAAUUGUGUUGCUGUAAAAAAUCACAUAAAUGCAAACCUUCUGUAUUAGAAACAAUAGUUUAAAAAGAUUAUAAGACCAAUAAAAAAUAAUAGAAAAGAUAUGAUAAUUCGAUAUAUGAAAAUAAUAUUGAUUUAUUAGAGAAUUCUUCGCUUUAACUAAUAGAGAAUAGAAUUAUGUAUUUGAAUUUGGCAUCAGGAUCAGAUCCUAUUUCAAAUUAUUUAUAAUCAGAUGUUUCAUUCGAAGUGUUAACAUCAUACUAAAGAAAAUAAUUAAUAAAUAUGAAAAUUAAAAGAAAUAGUGAUUUUUUGAAGGUCUUUUAAAAUGUUUAUGGAUUAGAAUCUUUAGAAAGAAAUGUUAAGAAAUAUUUCCAAAAAAAAUGUGAGUCAGUGUUGUUAUUUAAUAAUCUACUAACUGAUCUUCCAUUAUUCAGUCUACUAUGAUACUAAAUUAUAUAUUAAAAAUUUAUUAAAUAAUAUCUUUGUCAUAA